UGAAGAGAUAACAAAUGGAAGAAGGAAAAGGCUUGGUCUGUGUAACUGGUGGAACUGGUUUUGUUGCUUCGUGGCUGAUAAUGAGGCUUCUUGAACAUGGUUACACUGUCAGAACCACAAUUAGAUCUAGCCCAGGAAUUAGCAAAGACAUAAGCUACCUCACAAACCUACCAAGAGCGGCAGAGAAACUCCAAAUCUUCAACGCAGAUCUUGACGAUCCAGACAGUUUCAAUGAGGCCAUUGAAGGAUGCAUGGGAGUCUUUCAUCUCGCGUUCCCCCUUGACUUUGCUGAUAGAGAACCAGAAGAAGUGAUCACCAAAAGAGCUGUUGAUGGCACCCUAGGGGUUUUGAGAGCAUGUGUAAAUGCAAAGACAGUGAAGAGAGUUGUCUGUGCUUCUAGUCAAGCCACAGUUGUAUAUAGUGGUGAUGGUGAUGAGAAGGUGGUGGAUGAGAGUUCGUGGACCAACAUAGAUUAUUAUAGAAGCCUAAAUCGUUUUGGCACUUCCUACUUGGUUGCUAAGAAUAAGACUGAAAGGGCAGCUCUUGAUUUUGCUGAGCAAUAUGGAUUGGAUCUUGUGUUCUUGAUUCCUCCACUAAUCGUCGGUCCUUUCAUAUGCCCUCGCAUCCCUGAAUCGGUCCGAUGGUCACUAUCUUUGAUCUUUGGUGAGAAACAAUUGUAUCAUCUCCUUAUCAAGCUAAAUGUGGUACACACAGAUGAUGUAGCCAGGGCGUAUAUAUUCCUGCUUGAAUUCCCUCAUGCAAAAGGAAGGUAUAUUUGUUCAUGGAAAGAAAUAUCCAUCAAUGAGAUGUCUGAACUUCUUUCCGCUAGAUACCCAGAAUUUCAGAUUCCCACGAAAGAUUCCUUGAAGGACAUUAAAGGUUUCAAAAUGCGUGGCCUCUCACCCAAGAAGCUCUUGGAUUGUGGAUUCAAAUUUGAGCACGGUCUUGAAGACAUGUUUGAUGGGGCAAUUCAAUCAUGCAAGGAGAAGGGAUUUCUUUAGAUUCAU